AUGGCGGACGUAUCAUCCCACCAUCAAACGGAGACACCGCACUCUGCCCAUCGAAUGACCACUCGGUCCAGCGAUGGGACUUUGAUCCGGCAUCCGGAUGACCAUCACCAGCAUCAACAGCAACAGAGUCCUUCAGUUGCGUCGCUGUCUCGUCUGAACAGGAAGCUUGCGGCUUCCAUUAAUGUCCAAGAGGCAAACAGAGCUCGUGUCCAGGGUCUGUCGCUGCACACGCCGCUGGAUCACGAUCACAGUUCCAGCCUGAUUCCUCACGACGUGUGCAUUUGCCCGCCGUCACCCAAGGUUCCGAGACCGCGUAAUGGUCUACCCAAUCCUGAGAUCUCCAAGAUUCUUGGUGAGCAGUGGAAGAGCGAACCAACUUCGGUCCAGGAGAAGUGGAGAGAGCUUGCCGAAGAGGAGAAGCGCAGGCACCAGGAACAGCAUCCCGACUACAAGUAUAAGCCCAAACGAGGCGGUAAAGGCCAGGGAUCUAAAGCAGCCGCCGAGGAAGAGGGUAGUCAUUGUCCCAAGUGCCAGAGACGACGAGUUGUGGCUGUCCCUAGGACCCCAUCUACUCCUCUGGCAACACCUCUGACAUCUCGAUCCGCAAUGCCGCCUUACCACAACCCUUUGAACCGUUCCGUAGAUACUGGGCACCACCAUCGCCAAGGCUCGCCUGGUAGCACCCCCUUCCCGUACGAUAGGCGAAGGUCGUACUAUUACGCGGACAUGGACGACGACUACGCAAUGUCUCCGACUUCAGACUAUAAGCGGCGUCGCUUCGACAGUCGAGGGAGCUUCCAGAGUAUGAACUCGCCAUACGUGCAUCAGCAACCGCCGGGAUGGCCAAGCCACCCCUCGGCGUUCUCAUCAUCGUCAGUCCCUUACACUUCGAGUGCUGCAUUCAGCCCGCUUCCAGCACCAUCGUCUUUGGCGCAUCAAAAUGCCCCGAUGCCACCACCUGGUCGCCCGGCUACCUCGGACCAUAACCGGGAUGCCCGACGGUUCGAUGCGCCCAUCCGACUCCCUCCUUUGCAGACCCAGGUACCACAGCCGUCCUCAGCUCGCACCGCAAGACAUGACGAGCCAGCCUCGGCGAUCAAGGCGACCGGUCUCGGCAUCGUGAAGGGGUCUGAUAGCCACUCGCAAAGCAUUACUGCCAUGGUCAUGGGCAUUCCAUACACAAGCAAGUUGGAGAUGUUGAACAGGAUCAGCCCAGCACUCGCGCCGCUAGGCCCCGACUGCCCGCCUUCAGAGACGAGAGGCCCUUUGAUCGCAAUCGAGGGCACGGAUCCGACACUGAUGAAGGAGGUGGGCCUGAUUGUACAGGACGCCCUGACAAAGUCGGGCGAGUGCACAGUUCGAACAUGGUCUGGCCGGCCGAACACACAGUUCUCCGAUGAGGCUUUGGAGAUCGAUGAUGAUGUCCAGAUGCGGGAGGGCCCCGAAUCGUCGAAGGAACGCGCUCAGCCCGCCGAACCUCAGACGAGUCCGAGUUCCUUCUCCGCCUACCUGGACAUCAUCAAGGAGUGGCACGCCAAGUCUGAUGACAUAGUUAAGCACAUCACUACUGUCCCUGGCACGAAGCCCGCCGGAGAUACCAGUGGCUCCGAGAGCGGCUCCAGCGCUGUAGAUGCCGAGCCACAGCGGACUGUCCCCGUCGCCCUGGUCACCGAUGGCUUCAGGCUGAGCACGGCUGACCGCUUUGCGUCGUCGAUCCCCAUCAUGGACUCGUACGCCCCCGUCGACCAUUGGCAAUGGAUGGCGACCCUGUGGCGCCGCAUUGUCGGCCCCGAUCUGGUCAUAUUUGCCGAUCGAUUCGCGGACGAAGGUCCGGACGCGCUUCGCGAUGCAGAGUUCAAGGAGGAGCCCAAGACCCAGGCCCCGAAGCUCAUGACUGUCCGCAUGCCCCGGGAGAAGGAGGUGGACGAGAAGAUGAAGCGGCGACUGACUUUUGAGAUUCUGGAAUGGGUGAGGGCGGGCAGUUUCCGCGUGGGUGUCGAGGGUGAUAAGUGA